CUGCGGUGGUGGUGGCGGCGGCGGCGGCGGCGGCGGCGGCGGCUGUGGGAGCCCGAGCGCUGCGCGUGCUAGGUCCCAGACGCGUCUGCGGCGCUCGCCCCGCCACCCUCCUCCUCUCUCACCUCCAGUCUCGGCGCCGCGUUCUGAGGGAAGGAACGGCGCUAGGCUAGCGAAGCCCGAGCGCACCCCUGGCUGCCUCCGACACCGCCCUGCGUCCCUUCGCGGCCGCGGGCCUCGUCGCACGGUGCUAGGCGACUCUGCGGGGAGGAAGCGGCGGCGGCGGCUGCCGGUCGGUGGAGAGUCGCGUUCCCCUUCAGCCUCGCCCCUCCGCCUGGCCCUCCUGCAGGGGCCGAGAGGACUCGGCGGCUGCCCUUCCGCUCGGCCCUCUUCGUCAGCCGGUUAGAGCUGCAGCGGUCGGGGAGAGGUCUGUCUGUGGGCUGAGGCGGCGGCGGCGGCUCCUCCGGCUCCAUCAUGUCCGCGGGCGGAGACUUCGGGAAUCCGCUGAGGAAAUUCAAGCUGGUGUUCCUGGGGGAGCAGAGCGUUGGAAAGACAUCCUUGAUCACCAGAUUCAUGUAUGACAGUUUUGACAACACCUAUCAGGCAACAAUUGGCAUUGACUUCUUAUCAAAAACAAUGUACUUGGAGGAUCGAACAAUCAGGCUGCAGCUGUGGGAUACUGCGGGUCAGGAACGUUUCCGUAGCCUCAUUCCCAGUUACAUCCGUGACUCUGCUGCAGCCGUAGUAGUUUACGAUAUCACAAAUGUUAACUCAUUCCAGCAAACUACAAAAUGGAUUGAUGAUGUCAGAACAGAAAGAGGAAGUGAUGUCAUCAUCAUGCUAGUAGGAAAUAAAACAGAUCUUGCUGAUAAGAGGCAAGUGUCAAUUGAAGAAGGAGAGAGGAAAGCCAAAGAGCUGAACGUUAUGUUUAUUGAAACCAGUGCAAAGGCAGGAUACAAUGUAAAGCAGCUUUUCCGACGUGUUGCUGCAGCUUUACCUGGAAUGGAAAGCACGCAGGACAGAAGCCGAGAAGACAUGAUUGACAUAAAACUGGAAAAGCCUCAGGAGCAACCAGUCAGUGAAGGAGGCUGUUCCUGCUAAUCUUCCCCUGGCAUCUUCAACCCUUCUGCAGAAGCUCACUGCUUUGGCCCCCAUAUUCUUUCAUUGACUGCAGUGUGAAUAUUGGCUUGAACCUUUUCCCUUCAGUAAUAACGUAUUGCAAUUCAUCAUUGCUGCCUGUUUCGUGGAGAUGAUCUAUUAGCUUCACAAGCACAAAAAAGUCAGUGUCUUCAUUAUUUAUAUUUUUAAAAGCCAAACAAUUCAGCAUAUUCGUGAUAACUUUGAGGAUUAGAUACAUUUUCUUAACAUUUUUUCCCUUUUUAAUGUUAUGAUAAUGUACUUUAAAAUGAUGAAAAUCUCAGCAGUGUGAGUAUGGCUUGUCAAGGAGCAGUGUGUUCACAGCAGCAUUUGCUACCUUCUUUCUGUCUCCCAGCUUUUCUUAUCUCUUGCUUCUCCCUUUCCCUGUUCAUACCCUCCCCAAACAAACAAGAGGUGGCAAACAGCAGUCCAACCAAGCCCUUUGGAAUUAUCCUUAGUUUUAUAGAUGCCAUUGGCUCCAGGCCAUGAGCCACAAUGUCCAAAAUUAUUCUUGAGCACUGAUAUAAACUACUUAGACCUUCUUUGAGGUCAGAACUCAGCUAUUGCUAUUAAUGAUGGGCAGUGCCUGAAUGAGGAAAGGGUUCUGUUGUGUCUUCAAAAUGAUUCCUAAUGAAUUGACUGAGUGCUUACAGGUAAAGGUGCAUAAAACAUGUUUCUGACCAGAACAGGUAACCCUUUCACAUGAGCUUUAGACUCUGGGAGAGAAAAGCAGCCAAGUACUUCAGAACUGUUUUUCAAUAUUUAUUUCAUCAUGGAGAAUUUAUAAAAGUUCAGACAGUUCUCCCCAAAUUUUUUAAUCGUCUUAAAAAAAAAAAUCACCUUUUAAAGCAAUAGAUUUCACUUGGGUUUCUUUUCUACAAAAUGCUAUGAAGAGAAGGCAUUGUAAAAGUCAAUUUCCUUUAAGAACCAACUGGAAAAAAAUAAAUUGACAGCAUGAAGAAAACUGUUGUAGCUAGUAGACAUAAUGAUAUCUAAAGUUUACCAACAAAAGAACCCUCACAGAAUAGCAAAUACUCCUGCUCUGUACAUUUGAGGUCGAAUUUGAAUAUGGAAAUAAUUUCCUUGCAAGCCCCUAGAGGCAGAUCAAAGAAAGCUUGCAUUAAGAGGGAAAGGAGAGAAUGAAAAUAAAAGUCACUAUAAUGCAGAUUUAUGCCUUAUUUUUUAGCGUUUCUAAAAUGUUGGGUCUUUCGAGCUGUUUUUGCUUUUUAUUAGAUCUAUAUAAAUAAGUUAACUAGCAAUUUAGUUUUGUAUUUAAGCUACAAUUAAUCUUUUUCUUUGGUGAUAUUUAUUUCUUUGCCUUUUUUUAACUUUGAAUUUUUAGGUGUUUUGUUGAGUAUUUAGAGCUUCAUCACCAUGGCAAUAUGUAUUUCCCUUGAAACGUUGCAAACAAAUAUACUAGGAGUGCACCCUUUUAAUCUUUACUAGUUAUUGUGAGAUUGCUGUGUAAGUUAAUAAACACAUUUGUAAAUACAUUGUUUGCAGGGAAAACAUUCUGAGUUCUAGCUCAGGAGAAGCCUGCUGAGUUUAUGUUGUAAGCAUUAACACAGUAUAAAGAUGAAAAGACAACAAAAAUAACUUCACACUUCCUCACCUCCUCAUUGCAACAAAAUCCUUAACUGGGAAAACCUGACCCCUUCUCCUCCUCUUUCUCCUCUUCUCACUCACUGUCACCUUGUAAUACUUGGAGAGCACUUGGAUUAUGGAUCUGAAUAGAGAAAUACUUUCAGAUAAUCAUUAGCCCACAUACCCUGUAACUUAUACUCAAAGAUGGGAUGGAGUUGUAAAGUGCUUUUAUAAUACAUAUUACUGUUAAAGCAAGGAUUGACUCUUUUGUUUUAUUUUGACAUGGCAUGUCCUGAAAUAAAUAUCAAUUCAACAUGG